AUGCAAACAUUUAAUUCAGCUGUUCGUGCCUACACGUUGUCAGAAUACGAAUAUAACAUGCAACAACUCGACGUGAUUAAUGGAAAGAUAAGGGAUUACUUGGACGAUGUUGGACCCACUAAAUGGUCACGAUUCCACAUGCCAAUGAAUCGAUAUUCUACAAUGACAUUGAAUAUAGUAGAGUCGGUUAAUGUGGUCACAAAAUCUGCUAAGAACUAUUCCAUUGUUGCGCGUAUUAAUCAGGCAAUGUUCUUAGCCAGCUAUGAAAAUUUAACUUUUGUUGUUGAUAUAGAAGGAUGUACAUGCACGUGUAGGAAGCUUCAAGUUGAUCAACUACCCUGUCCACACGCUCUGGCUGUCGUUGCAAGUGCGAAGAUGGAUCCAUAUGAGUUUUGUUCAUAUUAUUACACGAGAGAAGCAUACAAGAAUACUUACAACGAAAUUGUUUUCUUUGUAGGAAAUCCAAAUGAAUGGAUAGUGCCCAAAGACUUCGAGAACAUAGUCGUGUUACCAUCUAAUCAAAAGCGAAGUUGCGGAAGGCCUACUGAGAAGAGGUUUAGAUUUGUAGUUGAAGAUAACAUAACUGUCAAAUGCGGUCGUUGUGAUGAAAGUGGUCACAAUCACAGAACUUGUAGCAGUUUGGUUCCAUUAAGUCAGAUUCAAUCGAAAAAACAAAAAAAAGAUAAGGAAGUCGACUGA